CCGACCUCCAUCUCCCCUCCGCUGAUAACAUCCCCUGCGCGACACGAUGUCCAACCAAUACGUUUUCAAGCGAGGUACGCGCAAGGAGCAGAUUCAGCUGGGGAAGAUCCAGUCAAGAAUCAAGAAGCUUUGCUAUGGCCUCGACAUGCGACAUGUCGACCCCCUCGCCAUCACAAUCAAGGUCGUGCAGGGCGUGUACCACGGUGUGACAACGGUCGAGCUUGAUAACCUCGCCGCCGAGACUGCCGCAUACCUCACUACUCAGCACCCCGACUACGCCGUUCUUGCCGCGCGUAUCGCCAUCUCCAACCUCCACAAGGAGACGACAAAGAGCUUCUCCCAGGUGGUUGAGAAGCUAUACAACUAUGUCAACCCGAAAAACGGCAAGCGCGCGAGCAUGAUCUCCGACGCAACCUACAAGGUUGUCAUGGACAACGCGGAAACCCUCGACUCUGCUAUCAUCUAUGACCGUGACUUCGCUUACAACUACUUCGGUUUCAAGACGCUCGAGCGCUCCUACCUCCUCCGCAUCAACGGCCGUGUUGCUGAGCGCCCUCAACACAUGAUCAUGCGUGUCGCGGUGGGCAUCCACGGCGACAACAUCGAGCGCGUUCUCGAGACCUACAACCUCAUGUCCGACCGCUACUUCACCCAUGCGUCACCCACCCUCUUCAACGCCGGUACCCCUCACCCGCAAAUGAGCUCUUGCUUCCUCGUCUCAAUGAAGGACGACUCGAUAGAGGGCAUUUACGACACCCUCAAGCAGUGCGCUAUGAUUAGUAAGACUGCUGGCGGUAUCGGCCUCAACAUCCACAACAUUCGUGCUACUGGCUCAUACAUCGCUGGUACCAAUGGCUACUCCAACGGUAUUGUGCCUAUGCUUCGCGCAUACGACGCCACCGCGCGCUACGUCGACCAGGGUGGUAACAAGCGUCCGGGAGCGUUUGCUAUCUACCUUGAGCCGUGGCAUCCAGACGUCUUCGAGUUCCUCGACUUGAGGAAGAACCAUGGCAAGGAGGAGCAGCGCGCUCGCGACCUUUUCUACGCCCUCUGGAUCCCUGACCUCUUCAUGAAGCGCGUCGAGUCUGGCGGGGAUUGGUCUCUGUUCUGCCCGAACGAGGCCCCUGGUCUGGCGGACUGCUGGGGAGACGAGUUCGAGGCUUUGUACGCCAAGUACGAGGCUGAGGGCCGUGAGCGCAAGAAGAUUCCUGCGCAGAAGCUCUGGUAUGCGAUCCUUGAGGCCCAGAUCGAGACGGGCAACCCUUUCAUGCUCUACAAGGACUCGGCCAACCGCAAGUCGAACCAGCAGAACCUCGGUACGAUCAAGUCGUCCAACUUGUGCACCGAGAUCAUCGAGUACUCUGCACCCGAUGAGACCGCCGUCUGCAACCUUGCCUCCCUCGCGCUGCCCACCUUCAUCCGCGACGGCGUGUAUGACUUCCAGAAGCUGCACGAUGUUACGAAGGUGGUCACCCGCAACCUCAACAAGAUCAUCGACGUCAACUACUACCCCGUCCCCGAGGCGAGGCGGUCGAACAUGCGCCACCGCCCCAUUGGCCUUGGUGUCCAGGGUCUUGCCGACGCCUUCAUGGCACUGCGCAUGCCGUUCGACUCGCCUGAGGCGCGCGAGCUGAACAAGCAGAUCUUCGAGACCAUCUACCACGCAGCGUGCGAGGCGUCCUCUGACCUUGCGGAAGAGGAGGGCCCGUACGAGACUUGGGAGGGCAGCCCGGCGAGCCAGGGGCAGUUGCAGUUUGAUCUAUGGGGCGUGACGCCGUCGGAUCUGUGGGACUGGGCGUCGUUGAAGGCGAAGAUUGCGCGGACGGGGAUGCGCAAUGCGCUGCUUGUUGCGCCGAUGCCGACGGCGUCGACGAGUCAGAUCUUGGGGAACAACGAGUGCUUUGAGCCGUACACGAGCAACAUCUACACACGCCGUGUCCUCGCCGGCGAGUUUCAGGUCGUCUGCCCCUGGCUCCUCCGCGAGCUCGUCGACAAGGGCCUCUGGGACGACAAGAUGAAGAACCAGAUCAUCGCCAACAAUGGCUCCAUCCAGUCCAUCGCGCGCAUCCCGGACGACAUCAAGGCGAUCUACAAGACGGUGUGGGAGAUCUCGCAGAAGAAGGUGCUGGACCUGGCUGCGGACCGGGGCCCGUUCAUCUGCCAGAGCCAGUCGCUGAACGUGCACCUGGCGGCGCCGACGCUGGGGCAGCUGACGAGCAUGCACUUUUAUGGGUGGAAGAAGGGGCUGAAGACGGGGAUGUACUAUUUGAGGACGAGGCCGGCGUCGCAGGCGAUCCAGUUCACGGUCGACCAGGCGAUGCUGAAGGAGUCGAAUAAGGCGGAGGGGGAGGUGGCGGGGGCGCCGGCGAGGCCGGUGGUGGCCACUACGCCGAGGAAGGCGGCUGCGACGCCGUCGUCGUCGGGGUUGAUGACGCCGUCGUCUUCGUCGUCGCCGGAGCGCUCGCCGGCGACGCCGCCGCUGCAGAGCAAUGGGGCGACGCCGAAUGGGAAGGUGGCGAACGGGACGGCGCCGGUGGUGACAUCAAGCGGGACAGCACCUGUGGUCACCGAGGGCAUGACGGUGGAGGAGAAGUCGGCGGCGCGGGCGGCGGCGGACCCGGAGUAUGCGGCGGCGCUGCAGCGGCAGAAGGAGCGGGAGCUGGAGGAGGCGAAGCUGAUGUGCUCGCUGGAGAACAAGGAGGCGUGUGUGAUGUGCUCGGGUUGAGUGAUGCGCUCAGGCUAAGUGCUGAGCGCGCGCUUUCCGUUGUUGUGCCGUGGUCGCGCGCUUCGCGUUGUUGUGCCGUGGUAGCGGACUGUAUCGUUAGACUGCAUGCUUUUCUUUGCCUUACCUUUCUUUCCCUUUUUGUUGUCUCGCUGUACGAUCUAUGCAUUUCUGUAAUAAUAGCUACUGGUCCUCUAUCGAAUAGACUGUAAUCCUGCA